AUGUGGAUCUUCGAUCUUGAAGCCUUCACAUCGUUCGACCAGACACAGGGCAGCUGCAGCGAGGCUGUCUACAUGAUGGGCAUGGAGCGAAACAGUGACAUCGUGCAAAUGGCAGCUUACGCGCCUCUCCUGGCACACUUCGGGUUUAUAUCGUGGUCGCCUACCAUGUACGGUUUCAACUCAAGUCCCGAGACGCUCACCCUCUCAACAUCCUAUUACGUGCAACAGAUGUUCUCAUCCAACAAGGGAGGCACGGUCCUUCCAGUAAACUCGACGGCAGAUUUUGGUCCACUUUACUGGGUGGCUACGAAGACGGUUUCGAAGAACUAUAUGAAGCUGGCAAACUACGGACCGGAUCAGCAGAAUGUCACUGUUAGCAUUCCGAAGACUGAAUCAGGAAGGCUGGAGAUGCUGGCUGGUUCUCAGAACGAGGGCAAUCAGCCUUGCAAUGUGACGGUUAUGCCAGUUACCACGAAGUUGAAGAGCGAUUAUGGGAAUUAUUCAGUGACUAUGGAACCCUGGGCUGUCGCAGUGUUGGCUGCGACGUGA